AUGGGGCGUAAAAAGCGCAGAGGGGCUACACUGAAGCCCUUUUGCUACUACUGUGACCGUGAAUUUGACGACGAGAAAGUCUUGAUUCAACACCAGAAAGCGAAACAUUUCAAAUGCACACAGUGCGCGAGAAAACUCGAUACAGCAACCGGCUUGGCGGUCCACUUGCUGCAGGUGCAUAAGGAACAGAUCGAUGCAGUCCCGAAUGCUCUUGCGGGCAGAGAUAUGAUCGAAAUGAUUGUACACGGCAUGGAGGGCAUUCCUCAGGAGGUGAUUGACGAGCGUUUGAGCAAGCAAAGCAAACGAAAUGAAGGCAAGGAAAGCCAAAAGAGACAGAGGGUAAACUGGGCGCAGGUGACGAUGGCACCGACUUCAAUGGAGCAGUUUGCUCUCCAGGCGCAACAAGGAAUUCUCCCGACCUUUGUCGGGUUGCCGAGUCUCGUUCCGGGAGCUCUUGGAGCUGCGGGGGCCUUGCCUGGCGUACCUCUUCCUUUCCCACCGCCCGUCUCGCCUCCAGGCCUGACGCCUGCGCUGCCCACGCCACCAAGCAUUCAAGGUCUUCUUGGCCAAGCUUCUGGCCAGCUGGCAGGCCCCGGACUGAACCCCGUCACAGCCGGAGCGAUCUCCGCGUCUCUCGGGCCACCUGGCAUCGGAUCUCAACCAGGCUCAGGUGCGCGCGGCGUGGGCGCUUCAGCUAUGGCAGGCGGUCCAGUGCAAGGCUCACUGGCGGGUCCGCCGCCAGGCAGACAGCCUGUAAACUACGCUGCUCCGCCGCUGCCUGCAAACGUCGCUUUGUUGUACAACGACGACAUGGUCUCGGUUGAAGAACGGCGAGCUCACGAACAAUUUGGUUACCGCGAAAUUACUGCGUAA